AUGUCAACCAUACCAACCGAAGCUCUCAACGGCUUCUCCAACGCCUCGAACUACGACCAACAUCGCCCCAGUUAUCCACUCGACGCGGUCUCCAAACUCCUAGGUAAUCUUGGAGUGGAACAUGUAGAGGGAGGCAGAAUUAUAGAUGUAGGGGCCGGGACGGGUAAAUUUACUAGUCUGUUGGCGGAGAGAAGGGAGGGGUUUGAGGUUAGGUGUGUGGAGCCGCAUGCGGAGAUGAGGGAGAUUUUGAGGGGAAAGUUUGGGGAUGGGAAAGGAAAUGGGAAAGGUAAUGGGGAUGGAGGGAGGUGGAAGGGAAAUGUGAAAAUUGUGGGGGGUCAUGCGGGGGAGAUGGAGGUUGAGGAGGGGUGGGCUGAUGCGGUUAUUGCUUCGCAGAGGGGUCAGUUUGUCGGGAGAAAAGCUCGUAUGCUGAUUAAUUGCUUGAGGUUUGCUACGAAGGAGUCUUUGAAGGAGAUUCAUAGAGUGUUGAGACCGGGAGGAGCGUUUGGGAUGAUUUGGAAUAUAGAAGAUUACAACUCACCACGAGAUGGUCGAGCAACUACAACGAAAUGGGAACAAGUUUUGAAGGAUAUUGUUGAAGGUGGUGAAGAUGGACUUCCACGCUUUCGUCAUGGGGAAUGGAAACAAGUAUUUGAGGAUCAAAUGGAUUCCACACCAUUGCAAACCUUAAAGAAUACAUUCACGCAGGAUUUUCCUCAGUUCUCAUUGCCGCUUGGAGAAGACCAUGUUUCGUGGACGGUAUGGUUGAGUGAUGAAGCUAUCUGGAAUAGGUUUGAAACUUUGAGUGCAAUUUCUGUGUUGGAGCCAGAGAAUAAAGAACAGGUGAUGCAGAAGGUUCUUGAAUCGUUGAAGGGAUUGGAUUCUGAGCGCAACGAGAAAGGCGAGGUUGCGUUGCAUGGUAAAACGUAUUUCUUCUGGACCUCGAGAAUCUGA